AUGGCGACUUCACGCCCUACUUCCAGCGAUGAUACUGCCUCUGAGCAGUACACCGAGAAGCCUCAUGAUGUACCUGCGACGGAACCUACCGAUGCGCCGGCCGCCGAGCAAAAUACGGAAGUCGACAAGACUGCCCCUUUGGACCGGACGCCGUCGCAAGCAGCGCGCAUGGGAAAGAAGAAGAUUAUUGCUGUGAUGACAGCGCUAUGCUUGGCCCUGUUCUUGGCUGCUCUUGAUAUGACCAUUAUCUCAACCGCGCUCCCUACAAUCGCUGCUCAAUUCGGUGCUUCUGAAAGUGGAUUCUCAUGGAUUGCCUCAUCUUACCUGCUGGCAAACGCCGCCUGCAUUCCCCUGUGGGGAAAGAUUAGUGAUAUUUGGGGGAGGAAACACAUUAUCGUCAUGGCCAAUGUUGCCUUCCUGGUGGGCAGUCUGAUCUGCGCCCUAGCGAAGAACAUGGCUAUGAUCCUCGCCGGUCGGGCUAUCCAAGGUGUUGGCGGUGGUGGUAUCAUUAUCCUGGCUAACAUCAGUGUCUCCGAUCUGUUCAGCAUGAGAGACCGACCCAUGUACUAUGGUCUUUUCGGUGCAACCUGGGCCAUUGCGGGUGCUUUGGGCCCUAUUGUGGGAGGUGCCUUCACUACAAACGUCAGUUGGCGCUGGUGUUUCUAUCUCAACCUUCCCAUUGGAGGUGUUUCGCUUGUUAUCCUGAUCCUCUUCCUCCACAUCGAGUCUCCCAAGACUCCUUUGCUAGCCGGUCUGCGCAGCAUUGAUUGGGCAGGCACAUUCUUGAUCGUAGGUGGAACUCUGAUGUUCCUCUUUGGUCUGGAGUUCGGAGGUGUCAACUAUCCCUGGGCUUCCGCUACCGUGAUUUGUCUGAUCCUGUUCGGUGUGCUGACCUGGGGUAUUGCAAUGAUUUGGGAAUGGAAAUUUGCCAAGUUCCCGAUAAUCCCCGCAAGGCUCUUCAGUGAGUGGUACAACAUCCUCAUUCUGAUGGUCUGCUUCUGCCACGGUUUCGUUUUCAUUGCUGGUACCUACUACCUGCCGCUCUACUUCCAGACUGUUCUGCAAGCGAACCCUAUUCUGAGUGGUGUCUACGUCUUGCCUCUGGUCUUGUCUCUCUCGAUCAGCUCCGUCUUCACCGGUAUCGCCAUGAAGAAGACUGGUCGCUUCCGUGAGCUGAUCAUCGGCGGUAUGUUCUUCAUCUGCCUUGGAUUUGGUCUCUUCAUCGAUCUCAAGGUCUAUGCUUCAUGGCCUCGUAUUAUCAUCUACCAGAUCAUCGCUGGCCCCCUCGUCGCAUUCCAAGCUAACGUCCGCCCCGCCGACAUGGCUACCGCAACCGCCACAUUCGGCUUCGUGCGUCAGCUCUCCACCUCGAUGUCCGUGGUGCUGGGAACCGUUAUCUUCCAAAACAUCAUGGGCCAGCAGUCCGACAAAUUGAUUGCCUCCGUUGGCGCUGAAACAGCCGCCACCAUAUCUGCCUCUUUUGCCGGCUCCUCCAAAACUCUCAUCAACAGCCUCGAUCCCUCCCAGCGCCAGGUUAUCUUGGGUGCCUAUACCCACGCUCUCAACCGCAUGUGGAUCUUCUACACAGCCGUAGCAGCUCUCGGUCUUAUCUUGUCUCUGUUCAUUCGCCGCCGCGAGUUGACUACUCAGCACACUGUCCGAAAGACCGGCCUUGAGGAGCAAGAGCGUGCCCGCCAGGAGUUGAUCGACUCUGAGCGCAAAGAUGCCUCGAAGCCUGAGGCCGAGGUCUAA